AUGGGUUCCGACAUCAAGCAAGCGUCCUUCUCGCCAGAGUACCAUGAAUCCUCCCAGUUCGACCAUAACGAGAGGCACCCCGGCCCCUCGCGCGCCCUCGAAGCCGGCCGCAUGGGCCUCAGCGUCCUCGCCCUCAUGUUGGCCAUCGGAAUUCUAGCCACCUCAGCACACAACCUCAAGAUCUACAACGACACCCACGUCUCCAACGAGUUCCUGCUGCCACUAUGGCCGUUCGAGUUUAACCUCGGCCCUAGCAUCGCCCUCGUUGCCUGCGGAUCAAUCAUGAUCGUUGCGGCCACUGGGUCCCUCCUCGCCCGCAAGAUCCCAUCUUUCCGCUGCAACACCUCCCUCCACACCCUCCUCACCCUUCUCUCCGCCUUCGCCGGCCUCGUCUCGGCCAUCGUCGCAACCACCUUCUUCUACGGCAUCAACGCCUCCGACGUCACGGCAACAAUCCAGAGCUGGUCCUGCCACUGGUCUGACGUCGCCAUGACCUCCGAGCCGGACUUCCACCGCAUCUGCAAACAGGCUGAGGCGGGCCUGUACUUGACUAUCAUGAUGAUCCCGCUGUUCGCGCUGAUUGGAGUGGCGGGCACCAUGGCGGUUGUGCAGGAUAAGAAGGUUAACUUGAUGGCGGCGAGAAAGGGGAGUCCCGCUCUGUCUUGA